CGUAUUUUAUUCUCGAGUGUCAAAGACAAGGAGGUUAGAAUAGGAUGUCAGAAGAUGUUGGUUAAAGAUGUUGAAACACUUUUUACUCGACUUCGCAUAAGCAUCUGGAAGAAGGAGGAAGAGGAGUAGUAUGGUAGGAGGGGGUGGGCGACAAACUUUGUGGUAACUUUAGGGAGCAUUUAGUUGGGAAAAGGGAAAUUUAGGUUCUACACAGGGAAUUUUAGUUCUUGUUAUUCAAGUGAUUUUGCCGCACACGUACGCAACGUUAAAGCAGACUGUUCUGUAACACCUGCUGCGAUCCGGGGAAGGAAACUUUUCGCAAUCUGACUAAAUUCAGUUUCGUUGUUUUAUUGAAAUAGGAAGCAUACAAAAAUUGAACGUCCUGGAGAGAAAGGGAGGAGUUACAUUUAAUAAAAAGAAAUAAUAUUUCAGGAAGAAAAGACCCCUCUUUAUUUGAAAUUUGGCAAUGUCUAGCUUACAGCAGCAACGGAAAGUUGUAGAGCAGUUACGAAGAGAAGCAUCUCUUAGGCGAAUUAAUGUUUCUUUAGCUAUAGAUGACAUGAAAAAAUAUAUUCAAGAGCAUGAAAAUGAAGAUUAUAUUCUCAUUGGUUUUCACUCCCAGAAAGCGAACCCAUUUCGAGAGAAAAGUUCAUGUACACUGUUAUAAUUAUUCUGCAUGUCAGUUGAAAUUAAUUAAGUUUCAUAUCCAUCAGAUCUUUGUGGUAUAUAAGUGUCAAUAUUAUAAAAACUUGGGUUUCAGUUGAAAAAAGUUAGAAAUUGUAGUAUAUAAACAGAUUAUUUUGAUACAUGUAAUAUGUGUAACAGUCGACAAAUUUUGCCCGAUUUCUUUUAUAGCAAAUUACAUAACUAAUUUUGGCUUAGCGUUCAGAAUACAUAAUUCUUUUGAAAAGUAUAGAAUAAUUCCAAUAUUUUGAAUCAUUUGUGAGGAAUACUUGAAAUUUAUCUUAGCUAUCCUUUUUUUUACUUCUUCAUUAUGCAAAGAGAGAUUUGCUAAUUCUAGUGUAUGUAUUAUUCAUGAUUAGAUACAAAGAAGGGGGUAUUUUAAAGUGUAAAAAAUUUGUCAUUGGUAUUAAAUAAACUGAUGCAAUUUUCUGGAUCAGCGUUUCUCAGGCUUUGAGAAUGUGUGAUUUGGUUCAUUUUAUAAGUAUUGUUUGUGAUCCAUUUUGUAUGUGUGUUUGCAUAUAUAUGUGUAUAUCAAUACGCAUAUAUAUAUUAUUUAUACAAGCAUUAUUUGCUGUUUUCAUUCUAAGAUUCAGUGCUGCGUCAUGGGGAAUAAAUAGUUUGAGAAUUACUGUGCCGGGUGAUGUAUUUAUAUUUCGAAUUAUAUAUGUAUUUUUUAAUUUCUAAAUAAGAUCGCUUUUACUAAUGAGAGCUCAUGUUGAUUAAAAUGCUUUUAAAAACAUUUUGCGUUUUUAAAAUUGUGCCAUGUACAAUAUUUUCAUACAGAUUUUUGUUUCAGAUGUGAUUUUGUAAUGUUUUAAUUACAAAUUAAGUGCAUUGAUAUGAACAGAUGUUGUUACACUGUGUAUAAACAGUUUGCUUGUAAAAAUAUUUGAAAGGCUAUUACCAUAAAUAGAUGAUGUUAUAUGUCUCUUUACACCUUUUAAUCAUGUUAAUAUAUUGUAGAAAAUUAGCUAACUUUGUGCUAAUUAAGUAAUUGGUAACAAAGCAGAUAUUGUUUCAUCAUAAUAUUAAUAUGAAUUAGUAAGGCUUUCAAAUUCAGUUUAUGAAGGAGAUUUUAAGGUAUUCAUAUACAUAAUUUAGUGUACUUUUAAUGCUUUUUUUACUACAGAUUAACAAAAUUUUAUGCUUGUUCACUAUGCAUAAACCUUCAAUAUUAAUUAAAUAACAGUGGGAAAAAGUGUUAAAUAUUUUGUGCAGUUUGUUGUUGUUUGAGAUAUUUGCAUUUUCCUAAUGCUGAUCUAGAAAAAUAAAAUUAUUCAUAAACCUAAAAUGACAGUAAAUGAUAAUAUCAAUCAGAAAUUAUUUUAUGUGUGUAAUCCUGUUCAAAAAUGUGUUGGAAGGCUCUUUCAUAGUUCUUUAUGUAUUCACUUAGAUAUUCUUUAAUAUUCAUACUCUUUGGGAAAUAUUUUGUUGCAAGAAGUGUGUAGUUUAAAAUCGUCAGUUCUAUGGUUUGUAUUAGUUCUUAAUUGUUGAUCAGUUGAUGUAAAUUCAUAUAAAAUUGAAAAUAUGUUGUGAUUUAAUAAGUUUUUGUUACUUAUUACCCAUUUAUUUUUAAUUUCUAAUUUUGUCUGAAAUUUUAAAUCAUGUUUAACUUUGUAUCUUAUACCUUUUUUUACAAUGAUGUUUUUUAUUUGGCUUUCCAAUUUUGAAAGUCUCACUUACUCUAGAGUACAAAAAAUAAGAAUUGAAAAUAUGAUACUAAACUUUUGCAAGUUUUAUGAUGCAAUACAUUUAUUGAUGCAAAUUACUUAUUGAAAAUUUAGUACAUGAAAAGGAAUUUAUUGGUAAUAAUACUGUGUAGUCUUAUUUGGAAUACUUAAUUUUUUUUUUUCAAAAAAUUCACUUUCUCUGGAUACCUUGAGAAGCAUGGCAGCGUCUUUAAAAGGGCAUAUGAAGUUUUAAUGAUCUAGGGUUACUUCUUUUCACCUUAGUUUUUUCCAUAUUUUUUAAUAACUUUUGUAUUUUUUGCUUCAUAAAUUUCCAUACAUGGAAUGCUUUGAACUUAAAAGUAAUAGCAGUAUAAGAAUGUUUUCUCUAACUAAUUUCUCAAGCUCUUGGGAAAAAUUUUAAAGUAUUAUAAAUUAUUUUAGAAUCAGAAAGCAGUGUUGUCCUUUUUUUUUAUUUCUGUAAUGUUUAUUAAAGAAUUUGUAAUGUAUUUUAAAUACAUAAGGUAAAGAAUGUUUGCUGAGAGUUUUAAAUAUCUAGAUGAGGAAAACUACAGUCAUACGGCACUUUGAAUUGUGAACGAACUUUGUAAUUUGGCUGAUGAAUAAGUAUCUAUAUAACUUUUUAAAAUUGAAUUAUACUAUGUAUAUCAUGUACAUUUUUUUUCAAACUGUUAAUUUUAUUUUAAAUGUAUUUAGUGUUAAUUACUAUAUAAAUCCGAUUCUUUUUUCUGCAUCUGUCAGUGUGUCUUUGCAGUUAAAAAAAAAGUAUGUAAAAGAACAUGAAAUAGUUUUGUCUAAAUGAAAAAUAUGAGACUAUUUUUUACUAUUACUAUUUAAUUUUUACUAUUUAAAAAAUGUCAAUUUUUCGCAAAUAUUAUGUGUUCACUUGAAUGAAUCCAUUUACUACAUUUUGUAAUGAAGCAUGCAUUUGCUAAAAGUUUCUGUACUGUAUGUAUUAGGCAAAUGUCUAUUUUGAUACAUUUAUGAAAGUGGUAUGAAUAAAACUGAUUUUUGCACUUUAAUUUUUCAUGGUAAAUUAACCUAUUUUUUUUAAACUGUAUCUUUACAUUCUUAACAUUUUAAUCAGAAUUUCUGAUAUGUUAUCUUUUUAUGAUAACAAAAGAUAACUUGCCAAACUGCAAAAAUGAAAAUUACUUUUGUGUGAUUUUCUUGAGUAGGUGUCUAGUUAGAUCUUAUAUGCUAAAAUCUAUUUAUGUGUAAAAUGUACGUAUGGAGCUUCUUCAGAAUUUUUUUGGUUAACUUUCUGUAGCCACAUUGGUUAGAAUGUAAAUUUCAGAAGAAGUUUCAGUUAAAAAUGAUUCGCAUAAAAUAGUAGUAGUUGCAAUAAACAUCUGAAAAUAUUGUUUGUAGGACUAGAGUACAUACAUAUCACUUGUUACUUUUAAGUUACACUUUUCCAAUAAAAAAGCCUUAAGAUAAAGAUAUUCCUAUGAGAAAUUUAUAUGUAAUAGCAGUGGUUGGUUUUAGUAGAUAAUUCAUUUCAGUAUUGUGCUGAAGCUAGACCAUUCACAGCAUGUGUAGUUAACUGAAGAAUAGAAUAGCAUAUUGAUAUUUGAUUCAGUUUGAUUUCCUUAAGAUCUGUAAUAGAUGUUUUUAUUAUCUUAUUUAAACAGUAUUAAGAUAUUUAUGCAACUAAAUUCCUUACAUUUCUUUAUAUAAAGUGCCUUAAUUAGAAAUUUUUUAAUAAUAUAAUUUAUGUAUUUCAUCUGUCAUAAAAACUUUUAUUUAUCUGCAACUUGAGAAUAAAAUCAAGUUUCUGUUUCUUUUUAUAAAAGUUAUUUUCAGAAGCAAAAUGAAGUUAUUCAAGUUGGUGGGAAAUUUGGUUUUUAUUGUAUGAAAUGUAUUACUGUAAUUUUUGUCUUUUAUGGGUGAAAAAAUGUGCAUCAUUAAAAUAUGAAAUUUUUCCUAUAUGUUAAAUUCUAUUGCGUAUAAAUGAUAUGUAAUAAAAGUUAUAUCAGUACCACUUGCUUUUAUAUUCUUCUUUAUAUUUUAAUGAAAUAUAUUUCUGUGAGGUCAGUAUUAUUGCAGUUCAUAUAAAUAUUUUAAUAUUUAUCAUAAAAAACCAGCCUAAAGUAAUCUAACUGAAGUUAAUGUAUUUUAAUCAUAUUUAUAUACUAAAGUAAAACUAUUUUAAACAUAUUUUCAGGUUUGUAUUAUUUGUACAUAUUCCAAUUGUAUAAAUAAAUUUUUUUGUGAGCUA